AGGUGCUGUGCCAUAUGCAUGCGAUGUUGUAGCUGAUGGACUCCUCAUUCAUAAACCAUGGACGGGUCACUUCUCCCACCUCUUGCAAUCUCCAACUUGUACUUUAUUUCCUCCUGAAUUCUAUCUUUGAACAUCCCCUCUACCCACAAUCUCCUGAAAAUGACGGAACUCGUCUGGCUGGUGACAGGAUGCUCUUCAGGUUUUGGAGAGGCAUUCGUUCAUUCCAUCCUCGCCCGGGGCGAUAAAGUUAUUGCAACAGGCCGGAAUGCUGAAUCGCGACUCGCCCACCUCAAAGGGACAGGUGCUGCCAUCCUGGACCUAGAUGUCACGUCUCCCCAAGAGAUUCUGAACUCCAAGAUCCAAGAAGCAAUUGCAAUAUACGGCAAGAUCGACGUGCUUAUCAACAACGCUGCGUACGGGGAAUUGGCCUUUCUCGAGGAAAUGGACCAGAAGCAGUGGCUUGAUCAGUUCAACACCAACUUCUUCGGCGUCACGAAUGUCACUCGGGCGAUUCUUCCCCAUUUCCGUGGGCGGAGGUCUGGCAAGAUUGCAUUCAUGAGCUCGCUCUAUUCAUGGAAGAGCGACCCAGCACUAGGGCCAUACAGCAUCAGCAAGCAUGCCAUCGUUGGCUACGCCAGCACACUCCGCGACGAAGUCUCCCAAUUCAACAUCCACCCCAUCGUCUUCGACAUCGGGCAUUUCCGCACCAAAGUGUCCUCCCCAGAGAACUUGCACAUGCACAUCACGCAGCUCGCCGACUACGAGCCCAUGUUCAACGCCCUAGUCCAAGCCGCCGCCGGCGUGGACGGCUUCCAGCCCGGCGAUCCUAAGAAGGGCGUCGACCGCAUGAUCGACGUGUUGAAGCAGGAGGGCGCUGCGCAGGGCCGCCCUCUCCCGUUCCGUAUGCCCAUCGGCCCGGAUGCACUCGCUAUUGUGAGGGAGCAAUGUCAUGCUCUGCUGAAGACGUGCGAUGAGUGGGAGGAUGUGAUCGCUAGUACGGAUUUUGAAGGCCCGAAGCUGGGCGCGUGGGCGGAGGAUACUAAGGAUGGUGGUUAUGUAUAAAUAAGUCUUGAAUGAACUGGCGUGGUUCAGAGAUGGAUUAGGUGGAUGGUGCUCAUAGGUAGCGAUGGGAUAUUAAUAGAUUAAAGAACAUGGGCUAGGCUGUAACAGAUGCGUUUGCGUACAAUGGCUGCGAGAAUUACUCUUCAUCAGAAGAUGGAGAGUCCCAGCGAGGCAGAAGAGUUAGAAAGAAGAUGAUGACCCGUCU